AUGACUCUUCUGAUUCUCUCCACAUUGCUCAUCGCCAUUCUCACCUUCAUUUUUCACUCAAUUUUCGUCCGAAUUCAAAAAUUCAAACUUCGCGCCAAAAUUGGCCUGGGCGGACCCCCACCCCAUUGGUUGUUGGGUAAUUUGAAGGAUAUUAUUGACCGUACCAAAGACAUCGGCUGGAAUAAUGCGCAGGAGUGGCAUUUGGAGCUGCAAAGGAAAUAUGGGGAUCGAUAUGCAAUUUACUUUGGCCAAAAACUGGACAUUUUCUUGUGCAAUGAAGAAGAUAUCAAAGAAGUUUUCAUCAAGAAUUUCUCGAAUUUUUCGGAUCGUGGAGUGAUUGAAAUUUUCAGAGAAACUAGUAAGCUCCGCCCCUUUCUUCUUCAAGCCCCGCCCCUUAUUGCAGAACUCAAUGCAAGUUUGCUCCAAAAUACGUAUAAAAACGGCUGGAAACAUACAAGAUCCACAAUUGCACCGAUUUUCUCAACUGGAAAAAUGAAAGCGAUGCAUGAGACGAUUAGUUCGAAAAUUGACACUCUUUUAGAGAUUUUAGAGGAGAAAUCAAUGGGAAAUGAGCAAUGGGAUAUUUAUGACGAUUUCCAAGGUCUAACCUUGGAUGUAAUUGGAAAAUGUGCAUUUGCAAUAGACACCAACUGUCAACGAGACCGAAAUGAUGUAUUCUAUGUGGAAGCGAGAAAUUUCUUCAAGAAUAUUGAUUUAAGACAUAAUCCACUGGUCACUUGUAGUGUCAUGAUUCCCGAACUCAUGUGGAUUUGGAAGUUUCUGUACAAGUUCAGCGGUCUAGCAGAGGCUGAAAUUCCAUUGGUACAAGGAUUGGAAGAUGUAUACGAAAGAAGACGUUCCGGAGAAGGAUCGGAUAGUGUGGACCUUCUAAAAUUGCUCCUAGACCGGGAAGACGAUAAAACCAAAGAGAAAAUGACAAAAAAGGAAGUAAUCGAGAAUUGUUUCGCAUUUUUAUUGGCCGGAUACGAGACGACGAGUACCGCAAUGACAUAUUGCUCAUAUUUAUUAGCCAAAUACCCAGAAAUUCAAAAAAAAUUGUGGCAAGAAAUCAAAUUGGUGAAAAAUGAGGGGACAUUGGAUUACGAUUCAAUUCAUUCGAUGAAAUAUUUGGAUGCUGUUUAUAAGGAAGCACUUCGAUACUAUCCACCCGUUAUUCAUUUCAUCAGCCGUACGUGUCUCUCCGACAUCACUAUUAGAGGACAAUUCUAUCCAAAAGGAUGUUCCGUCACCGUACAAGGCAACACCAUACAUCGCUCCGAAUCCAAUUGGGACCACCCGGACAUUUUUGAUCCGGAUCGAUUUUUGGCUGAAAAUUCAGAAGCAACGGAAAAAUCGACAAAUUUAAAAUGGAUUCCAUUCGGUGUGGGUCCCAGAUUUUGCGUCGGAAUGCGUUUCGCUGAAAUGGAAUUCAAAAUGACGAUUGCGAAAUUAAUCGAUAAAUUUGAAUUGGGAAUUCCAAUGGGGGAAAUGGAUUUGAUUCCUGAUUGUAAUGGUGUUAUUAUGAGACCCAAGGAUGCGGUUAGGCUGAAUUUGAAGCUAAGAAAAUAA